UCUGAUUCUCUGUCUUAAUUGAAUUGAAUUAAAUUAUAAUUAAUUACUUUUCACUUUACCAUUAGAUGUAUAACAUUGACCAAAUUACUUAAACCUGAUUAGUUUCUCAGAGAAAAGUUUCAAAGUUUCAAUAAGAAACAAGAUUCAUUGAUUGUCCAUGUGAACAUAAUCAACACUGAACAUGGACUCGAAGAUCGAGAAAAACUUCGUAAGUGUUUCAACGAUGACCUCAACGAAGUCUUUGGACUUGACCGAACAAGAUAAAGGUCAAAAUGAUGAAUCAUCUAAAUUUGUCCAUCGAAAUCAAGUUUUGUUCAUUUUCGCUCUAGUUUUCGCCAAUUUUGCUGAAGCUUCUUGUUUCUCACUUCAAGCACCAUUUUUCCCGAAAUUUGCUGAAGGUAAAGGAGCAACACCGUCGAUUUAUGGCUUGAUUUUCGCGAUUCUCGAAGUAACCAUUUUAUUAUCGGCACCCGUUUAUGGUAAAUUGGUCGCUUAUAUUUCGUGUAAUGUUUUGAUGCAAUUUGGCCUCGCACUUGCUGGAGUCACUGUUAUAUUAUUCGGAUUGACGGUCUACUUACCGUCCGGUUCCAUCUUCAUAACUUGUUGCUUUAUCCUUCGGGUCCUGGACGGACUCGGUGUUUCUGCUUAUCUCACGUCGAGUUAUUCGGCAAUGGCCAAACAAUUUCCCGAUCGUAUUGCCUCAGUUUUUGGUCUCCUUGAAGUGGCAUUUGCCUCUGGAUCGACUUUCGGACCUACUAUCGGGGGCCUACUUUACGAGUAUGGAGGGUAUUUGUUACCUUUUAUGGUUCUUGGGUCUACUUUACUGAUCGCCACUGUGAUUAAUCAUUUCUGUGCACCAAGAAUCGCGAUACCUGAGAUUAGGAAGCCCGUUUCAUUGUCCAAAUUUUUAUCCGACUUCGGGACAAUCGUCGAUUUGUUGAGUAUUUGUGUUACAUUUACAAAUCUUGGUCUAUUAAAUGUUUUCCUCGAACCUCAUUUGCGACAGUUCAAACUUGAGCCAAUUGCACUUGGACUAAUCUUUGUAACCCAAGGACUUGCAUAUGCAACGGCGAGUCCACUUAUCGGAUGGAUUGUCGAUCAUGGAGUUCCACCAAAAGUUAUGAAUCUCAUUUGUUGUCCAAUAUCAAUGGCCGGAGCGAUACUUUUGGGUCCAUUGCCCUUAUUGGAAAUCGACUCGACAAUUGAGUUAAUUGUGGUCUCAUUGUCUCUUAUUGGUAUCGGUGAGGCCGGUAGAGCUCUUUGUGGGUUUGUAUCGGUGCGACGAGAGACAACCGGACGUAGGGGCUUCCAUGAGAACAUUGAGACUUACGGACUUAUCACAAGUACUUUCCUAUCAUGUACUAGCAUCGGCUUUUCAAUUGGCCCUUCAGUUGGUGGAUUAGUUUUGGAAGCGUUUGGAUCGAUCCCAACAACUUUUCUGAUGAUUGGAUUAAACUUGAUGAUGGCAUUACUACUGAUAAUCAACCUGCUAAAUCACAACAAUUGGAAAACAAUAAUUUGGAAUCCAAAUCAACGCAACUAAACAGUUUUCAAUAGCAAAUUUAAAUCUUAUAUUAAAAAACUAUUUGUCUAUCAAUUGAAAUUAA